UUCGUUUAUCUCAAGACUAUGCGAUUUUAGAGCCAGAAACAAAAAAAGAAACCGACACUUUAAACACAGAGAGAGAGAGAGAGAGAGAGAGACAACUCACAGAGACAAGCGAUUAGCUCUAGAGCGAGAGAGUCAAACCUGUAUCACAAUUAAUACAGGGGUUUCAUUUAUCUCUGUCUGUCUCUCUAUACACUAGCUUACUUUCGUCGAUUACUCUGUAAGCCUGUGUGUGUGUGUGUGUUGGAGGGGAAUUGUUUGUUUGUUGGAGUCUGGAAAAGCGAAAUGGGGCUGAUUUCGGGGGUUUUCAUGGGGAUGGUGUUCGGGAUUGCAUUGAUGGCCGGAUGGAAGCACAUGAUGCGGUACCGAAGCACCAAGCGAGUUGCUAAGGCUGUUGACAUAAAACUCCUUGGAUCCCUUAAUCGAGAUGAUUUGAGGAAGAUCUGUGGUGAUAAUUUUCCGGAAUGGAUAUCUUUCCCUGUCUUUGAACAGGUGAAAUGGCUGAACAAACAACUAAGCAAAUUGUGGCCAUAUGUUGCAGAUGCAGCAGAAAUGGUGAUUAAAGAAUCUGUUGAACCACUUCUGGAAGAAUACCGACCAGCUGGAAUUACUUCAUUGAAGUUCAGCAAAUUGUCUCUUGGUAACGUGGCACCCAAAAUUGAAGGCAUUCGUGUUCAAAGUCUUAAGAAAGGUCAAAUCACAAUGGAUAUUGAUUUGCGGUGGGGUGGUGAUCCAAGCAUCAUUUUAGCUGUUGAAGCUGCACUUGUUGCUUCAAUACCUAUUCAGUUGAAGGAUCUUCAAGUUUUCACUGUUGUUCGGGUUAUCUUCCAACUCGCUGAAGAGAUACCUUGUAUUUCUGCUGUUGUUGUUGCCCUGCUUUCCGAGCCAAAGCCUAGAAUCGAUUAUACUCUGAAGGCUGUUGGUGGAAGCUUAACGGCCAUCCCUGGACUUUCCGAUAUGAUUGAUGAUACCGUGAAUUCAAUUGUCACAGAUAUGCUCCAGUGGCCCCAUAGGAUUGUUGUUCCAAUUGGUGGUAUACCUGUUGAUACAAGUGAAUUAGAACUUAAACCUCAGGGACAGCUUACCUUGACGGUCGUGAAAGCAAUUGAUUUGAAGAACAUGGAAAUGAUUGGAAAAUCUGAUCCUUAUGUUGUUGUGUAUAUUCGGCCACUAUUCAAGGUCAAAACAAAGGUUGUUGAAAACAAUCUCAAUCCUGUUUGGGAUCAAAAAUUCGAGAUGAUUGCAGAAGACAAGGAGACACAGUCUCUUGUACUCGAGGUUUUUGAUAAGGACAUUGGGCAAGACAAGAGAUUGGGAAUAGUAAAGCUGCCUUUGAUUCAGCUGGAAGCUGAAACCGAAAAAGAGUAUAAUUUGAGACUGCUACCAUCACUUGACAUGCUGAAAAUUAAAGAUAAGAAGGAUAGGGGGAGUCUUAUUAUUAAGGUCUUGUAUCAUGAAUUUAACAAGGAAGAGCAGUUGAUUGCUCUGGAACAAGAGAAGAUGAUCCUAGAACAAAGAAAGAAACUGAAACAAGAGGGAGUUAUAGGGAGUACAAUGGAUGCACUUGAUGGAGCAGCAUCACUGGUUGGGUCUGGUGUUGGAAUGGUGGGUACUGGUCUCGGUGCUGGAGUUGGGAUUGUGGGAACUGGCGUUGGGGCCGGAGUUGGGAUCGUUGGCAGUGGCCUUGGAGCUGUUGGCAGUGGACUGAGCAAAGCAGGAAAGUUCAUGGGCAGAACCAUUACAGGAGGCCACUCCAAGAAGAGUGGCUCUACGACUCCAGUAAAUAGUGUUCAAGAAAAUGGUGGUGCCAAGCCACUGUAGUCUUCCUGUAGAGUUGGUGCCUAAAACCCAUUUUCUUCCCUUGUUUGUAUGCAUUAAUGACUGGAUAGAGUUGGCUUAUUGUGUUGCAAUUGUAUCUUCUCCAAUCCUGUUCUCUAUGCUCCAGUGCGAAAAUGAUGGCAUAAAUGUUGGGUAUUCUCUUGUUUUCAGCUAGCCUGCAGCCCUGUUUAUGUUCUACCUUGCUUACCCGAAUUCGUAAUAAAAAUUUGAAAAUUGUACGCAAUUCCCUCUACUUGUUCUACCUUGUAGUUCGUGUAUGUUGUGUUGGGCCUCUGGUUUGCACAAGGGAUUUUCGUUUGUCAAACCAAAUAGCAGAUAUUUGCUCA